AUGCCAUCAAUUCAAAAUUUGAAUUGUUCAGAAUUUCGAAAAGUUUACGGAUAUGAUGACUAUUCAAUAAGUGAAGAAGAACACAACUUUCCCAUCGCUUAUAAUAUUUUAUUCCAUACAGAUUUCAUCCAAUCGGAAUUUUUACUCAGAGCUAUAUACAGACCACAGAACUAUUAUUGUGUCCAUGUGGAUGGAUUUUCCCCUCCCAGCUAUCACGAGUCAGUUCAGAAUUUAGCCGAUUGUUUCGAGAAUGUAUUUAUAGUAUCCAAAACUGAAAAUGUGACGUAUGCGGGCUUCUCUCGUCUUCAGGCUGAUCUUAACUGUAUGAAGGAUCAUUUAAACCAGGACAAACCCUGGAAAUAUCUACUCAACAUCCCAGGGCAACAAUUCCCACUAAAAACUAACGCAGAAAUCGUCGCUAUUUUGAAAAAUUUCAAGCACUUAAAUAAUAUCGCUGGGGUCAUAGACAAAGUAUAUCAAAAUCGCUACAAAAUCAAAUUCAUUGUUGUACCACAUUCCGGACACCCGGGUCGUCUCCGAUUGAGUAGUGAUACUGGCAAGAAAAACCCUCCCCCACCCCACAAUGUUACUGUUUAUAAAGGUAGUGCGUAUGGUAUAUUUUCUCGCCAAUUUGUGGAUUACGUUAUAAAUAAUAAGAAAGCACGUGACCUACUGAAAUGGUGCCGUGACGUGUAUUCCCCAGACGAAUAUUACUGGGCAACUUUAAACAAUAAUUUACAGUUACAAGCUCCUGGAAGUAAUUCAGUUGGUGAUGAAAUGAAACCAUUCCUUGCUGUAUACGUAUCUUGGACACCAUCAGAAUGCUACGGGAGGAGAUAUAGAGCUUAUUGUAUAUUUGGUAUCCGAGAUCUACCGACCUUGGUCAAACGACCUGAAAUGUUUGCCAACAAAUUAAGGAUAGACUACGAUGCUUUAACAUUAAGAUGUCUUGGUGAAUGGGUAUAUAAUAAAACUUUAGGUCUUGUGCCUUCUGGAGUAUAA